GGAGAGGAGAGCCAGCCAGUCUGUGGUCCCGAGCCUGAGAGCCGGACGGAUGCAGAGAGCCUGGGACUGACUCGGUCAGCCGGGCACUAAGAGGGACACACCUGACCCACCUUCUAGGCCAGAGGCGACUCGCCUGCGUGCUAAGUCAGCGACAGCUAGCCUAGGAGCUAAUCCAAAGGGCGCUAGCCUAGCAGCUAAUCCAAAGGGCGCUAGCCUAGCAGCUAAUCCAAAGGGCGCUAGCCUAGGAGCUAAUCCAAAGGGCGCUAGCCUAGGAGCUGAUCCAAAGGGCGCUAGCCUAGGAGCUAAUCCAGAGGCAGCUAGCCUAGGAGCUAAUCCAGAGGCAGCUAGCCUACCUGCUAAACCAGAGGCAGGGAGCCUGCAUGCUGGUGCGGCCCGGCCCGCGAUGGUGCUGCACCGGGCGAUCCACGCGGCGCGCGUCGGUGACAUGGCGGCGCUCAGGGAGCUGGCCGCCGCGGACCACCUGACCCCCGCCAUCAGCGACGCCCAGGGGGCGGGGCUGGCGCACCACGCCGCGCGCUGCGGCCGCCUGGACUGCCUGCGCUUCCUGGUGACGGAGAUGGGGCUGGCGGCGGACGAGCGGGCGCUGAACCGCGCCACGCCCGCCCACGACGCCGCCGCCACCGGGCACGUCAGGGAGCUGCAGUGGCUGGUGGAGCAGGGGGGCUGCGAUCUGGAGGCCCAGGACGCGUCGGGGGCCACGGCGCUGCACCUGGCCGUGCGGUUCGGCUGCCUGGCGGUGGUGGAGUGGCUCCUGGCGGCGGGGGGGCGUCUCAGCGCCCUGGAGACCAACUGUGGGGCGGUGGCCGCGCACUACGCCGCCGCCAAGGGGGACCUGGCCUGCCUGGAGCUGCUGCUGCGCCACUCCCCGGGGUGUGUGAACCUCCAGACCCGGCUGGGGGCCACGCCCCUCUACCUGGCGUGCCAGGAGGGUCACCUGCCCGUGGUGGAGUACCUGGUGCGGGUGGGCGGGGCCAGCACUCACCUGAGGGCCCACGACGGCAUGAGCGUCCUGCACGCCGCCACGCACACGGGACACCACGCGCUGGUCGUCUGGCUGGCCACCUUCACCGACCUCAGCCUGUGCUGCCAGGACCGGGAGGGGGCGACCGCGCUGCACUUCGCCGCCAGCAGGGGGCACCGCCGCCUGCUGGAGACGCUGCUCCACCUGGGGUCAAAGGUCACCCGGGACUACUGGGGCGGCACGCCGCUCCACGACGCCGCGGAGAACGGAGAGCUGGAGUGCUGUAAGGUGCUCCUGGCCGGCCUGGCCGACAGCUCUGAGCAGGACAUCGAUGGCUUCACCGCAGCGGACCUGGCCGAGUACAACGGGCACUAUGACUGCGCCCGCUACCUCCGCAACGUCCAGGCCAACCUAGUGUACGUCAACAAACCCAUCCAGGACGUCACUUCAGACCAAGAGGAAGAGGAGGAGGAGGAGGGGACGGACACGCCCACAGCGUCCAGGCAGCCAAUCAGAGGAGACUACUACCGCGGCCUGAGCGACCCAUGCAUUGAGAUCCACAGCACUGACACACAGAUGGAGAGGUUAAAGGAACCAGAGAACCUUGAGCCCCCCCAGGCUAAGUACCCGGGCCCCCCUCCUGCCCCGCCCCUCCCCCUGGCCCCGCCCCCACCCUGUGGCCCCGCCCACCCGGAGAAGACCACCGCCUCCAGGAUGGAGAAGGUCCACAUCGCCACGUCUGUCCUGAAGGGGUUCACGCGGGGCCGGCUCUCCGCCCCGGCGGCCCCGGACCAGGACCAGAGUGAGUCUGCGGCCCCCCGUCUGGGGGCCAACCUGGGCAACAUGAAGUCCAUCACGGCCGUGAAGCAGUCCGGCCUGCAGUCCGGGGUCUUCACCGGACAGGGGAGCAAGAUGGUGGUGCUCCCGACGGAGGAGGCCAACCUGUCGGACAUCGACUACCUGGUGCCCACCCACGACGAGAGGGGGCGGCCCAUCGCCGAGUGGAAGCGACAGGUGAUGGUGAGACAGCUGCAGGCCCGGCUGCUGGACGAGGAGGACCAGAGGAGGAGGGAGAACGGCAGCAGCCGCUACGCCAAGGUGAGCUGGCGCUACUCCCCAGCCCACAACGCCAUCCUGGGCCCGUUCGGCGAGCUGCUGACGGAGGCCGACCUGGUGUACCUGGAGCGGCAGAUCGCCAACGUGGCGCUGCAGAAGAACUGCGAGGGCUACGAGCUGGAGCUGGCGCGGCUGGCCGAGGAGCUGCGCCACAUCCUGCCGGCGCCCAUCGUCAACAUCACCGUCAACACGCAGUUCCGCCACUUCCACAGCAAGGUGCCGCUGCCGCUGUGGUGCGGCCGCAUCUCGGGCAUCGUGCAGAGCAUGUCGCUGCUGCUCAGCAACCUGACGGACCAGCCCUACUGCAAGAUGCCCAACACCGCGCUGGUGUCGGUGUUCUCCGAGGCGCCCGAGCGGGCCACCGGCGCCCGCGGCCGGCGGGAGAUGAUCGAGGACGAGAUCCACCAGUUCGGCGUCUCCGUCGGGAGGCUCAAGUCGAACUUCGAGAGCCAGAGCGCGGCGCCGGGCGACGAGAACGACGACGCUGACGACGAUGACGAGGCCGUCGCGACGACCAAGUCGGUCACGUUCAGCCUCCCCGCGGCCGACCCCGCCGCCGCGGAGCCGCUGCUGGCUCCGCCCCCGCCGCUCAAGGUGCGGGACGGCGCGGUCACCGCGGAGACGGACCACAACAGCGACUCGGGCAUCGACUACGACGAGGCGACGCCGGACGUGAUGGAGACCACCAGCCUGAGGAAGGAGCGCAUCGUGGUCCUCUUCCUCGGCCACUGGAAGAAGUCUGCGUACUCCGUCACGCUGAAGAGCCGCGACGCCGCCGAGAGGAAGCUCAACGGCGGGGCGGGGGGCGAGGUCGCGGAGGGGUCGGCCGAAGGUCACGGGGUCACGGCGGAGAUCACCCAGAAGACGAUGAUGGACAGCUCGCUGGGACACUUCUUCAAGCAGCGCGGCGCCGUCAACAAGAUGCUGGGCAACUGGAGGAGCAUGAUCUCCAGCGUGCCGUCCAGGCAGAUACGCAGGCUACACCGGCAGCAGGCGCUGUACUCCCCGGAGCAGUUCCUGCCGCGCGUGGAGGGCGUGGCGGUGGACUACGACAGCCUCACCCUGGACCUCUUCAUGCUGGGCUACUUCCACAUCCUGGAGCAGGAGCUGCCCGCCGACGAGAGGAAGAUGCGUCACCUGCUGUGCUUCGAGGUGUUCGACCACCUGGGCUCCUUCACCUGGGAGACGGUGCGGGACUUCCACAAGGCCGUCAUCACCGACAUCCAGGGGGGCGGCCGCGAGUGGAAGGACGGCUUCGACGACGUCAAGACCCGCUUCUUCGGGAGCGCGGCGGCGCCUGUGGAGGCGGUGGCGGCGGCGCCGGCGGAGGCGGCGGUGGAGAAGCGGGUCCUCCCCGAGGUGCGGCAGGUGCCUCGGGUCAUCGUGCAGACCCCUACGCCCGACGAGGGGGUGCUGAACGGGGGCACGGACAUCUCGUCCUUCUCCAACGAGGAGAUCUGUAAAUACAUCGACCGCAGCUUCGCCUUCUGGAAGGAGAAGGAGGCCGAGAUCUUUUACUUUGAGUAGGGAAACUUUUGUGGUUUGGUGGUGGCGACUUUUUUUUGUAUAUUUUUGGUAUUUAUUUAUUUACAGAAAACAAUGACGCUCUUUACAAGAACGCCCC